AUGGUUAGAGCAUCGCUCAAAAUGACGCCUCCUAAGAUCCGUAGAAAGCACAUUAACUUGCCUAGCAGAACCCAUAUCGCGGAAACUAACGAAACAACAUCAUACCCAUUAGCAACUCAGACCAGAGGAAUCGAAGAAACAGAAGGACUUGACAUAAGAAACAAAUACACCAGAUUUCAAAAUCAACCUCGCUAUGCUAAUACUAGAAAAGAGAAGAAACAAAAAUAUAUUUUGAGUGAUUCUACCAUGCAGCUUAUAAAUAAAAGAAAAAGUCUAAUUGCGAACAAAAACGGCAAACGGAAUCUGAGAGAAAUAGCCGAAAUAAGGAAGGGCAUACGCAAGGACAGGAAAACAAGGAGAAUACAAACACUCGAAAAACACAUCAUUGAAUCAGGCGGAACCAAAAAAGCUCUUAAAGAACUUCGUGAAGCGACUCCUUGGGUACCUAAUCUCAAAAGAAAUCAAAUUAACAUCACGAACCGCAAAAGUAUAGUAAAGACAGCAUCAGAUUUUUACAAAAAUCUAUACUCCAACCUAGCUAUCGCAGGAAGCGAACAGUGCAACAACUACAAAACGACCAUAUACCCUCCAAACUUAGAACCAGAUAUAUUACAAAGUGAAGUCAGGAAAGCUAUAUUAAGUCAAAAGUCAGAUAAGGCACCAGGUCCAGACAAGAUCACGAACGGAUUACUGAAAGGAACCCUAAAAGAACUGGUGCCCAUUCUGACGAAAAUCUUUAACGACAUCCUAACAUCAGAACAGAUUCCUGAACAAUGGCAAACCUCGCACAUAAUUCUUAUAUACAAAAAAGGCUCAAAGGAAGACUUAUCCAAUUAUAGACCAAUAAGCCUGAUGUCAAACAUAUACAUAUAA